AUGGGCGCACGGUCCCCGACCUACUGCAACCAUGAUGCCUCACUGUUUACCCCCACGUCCCCAUACCGAGAGAUCUUUGAGAUCUAUCAUAAAGCAGUUCCCAGCCAUUCAAAUCUCGUACGGAAAGCCGCCGAUUCAUCUGCCGGAAGUUACCACAAUGACAACGGUGGCGAGUGCUUAUUAUGCACGUUAAUCACCGGCCUAGGGAUACAGGUUUACUACCAUGCAACAAGCUCGUCGACGGCGAUCACCUGCUCAGUCUCGGAGAAAGAUACAAGACCCUGCGGAUAUAAUGUCCGCCAUUAUCUGAGAGCCGCAUUUCGCAGAGCCGAAGACAGGCCAGCAAUGAAUGAGGGCAUACGAAGUCAGAAAGUUAUAUUAUACGUCUUUGGUACACUUCGGUAUCCAUUCCAUCUCUGGCGUAGUGCCCCUAAAAAUAGCACGGGGUAUUUCAGCGUCGCUUGGAAAACCUCUUUCAUCCAAACUGCGUUGGCCUUUUGCUCUUUGGUAUCUCCCAGCCUUUCGAGGGAGCGUUUCUCGAUGCCUACCAAUCCUGCGAUACUCGCGAGAGCACGACGUGCUGGUGAGGCCAUUCAAAGAAAGAAACAAGUCAUGAAAGGCUCCGUUUCCGUUUUAGACGAGAUUCCAGGUUCUCAAAUUCUCCCCUCGUACAUCGAGGUCUUCAUGCGCCACCUUUCCCCCGACAAGGUUCCCUCAAACGAUGGGGACUCGUCAAACAGUCCCUCCGCUAUCAUGGCAAUGGCUUGUUUUCGAGCCAUAUGUAGGGGCCUCGACCGAGACUAUUAUCCAGGAUCGGACUCGGACUUCGUAGAAUUAUGGCCAGGGAUACGCGCUUGGAGUCUCCACUUCAUUUCUAUACGCACAUCCAAGGAUCUUUCGGUGUCUGGUUUAGGUGUUGAUUUAACAGACAUGAGGAAUACGACUGCCAUGUGCCUGCAAUCCCUCGUCGGAAUCGUCUCAUACAUGAAAAUCAUUUCUGCUGACGAUCCGCUACACCCUCACCUUGUCGAAUUUUGGCGCGAGUCAUGCCUGUCACGUUGCCAUACUGCUGAAACGCGAUGGGUUGGUAGGUCCCCGUUGGAAGUGGACCCAGCGGAGACGGCGAAGCUUUGCUUCAACUCGGUUUUGGAAGACUACGCUGACGGUGUUCGGUAUGACGGUGAUGACAUGAAUGGUUAUUGUCUGAACUUCAUGCUCGCCAUAUGUAAGUCACCGAUUCUAGCAGAAGUGGCCAUACAUGAGGAAAGCGUAAGGUUUAUAUGCAGUCUCAUGCGCCAAUUCGCUGUCACGAUCAUCCGUCUCCCACCACCUCCCAAUUCCAGACUUUUGAACUGGUUUGACAGCACAUCUCUCGCAUCCCACUCUCCCUAUCUCCCUAUAAUCCUUGCGAUGGUCGAUAAUCGCGUUUUAGAGAUGCUUCUACGUAUCUGGCCUCUUCUCCCGCCUGAGGAGGGUUACAGUGUGGAGCCCGUCAUUCCCUCGAUUAUCGACAAUAUUACGCUCUAUACCUCCUACAGAUCAGUCACCAACGGUGUUAUUCGUUCUAUCAUCUCUUUGGACAAGAAGGGUGUCGUUGUGGACAUCAAAGAUUAUACGGCGGAUAUAGUUCGCGCUUGGUCAGAUCUAAAAUCGAUCGCCCAAAAGCGUUAUGCAAUCAGGGUGUCUGCUUUGCAGUGCGAAAGCGUCCAGUACUGCUCUAUGUCGUGCCAACGGACGCACUGGAAAACGGACCACAAAGCUAAGUGUAUCAAAUCCAAGAUUGGCUUGAAGGAUAGGAAAUACCUCGCCUACCUCGCUCAAGUCACAAUCAUCGAACACGACAGGACUCUUCUACCAAUGAUAUCCGAUUUCAUGAGCGAAUUCUCCAUCACAGAGUGUUCUUCUCUGGCAAUUGAAGUUGACCUGCGUGAGAACCCAAUAAUACCGAAGUUUUCAAUAAAGAGGAUUGCUGACAUAGCUGAAGAGGCGGGGGCGAUCAAACCGUGGUUCGCCGACAAUCAUCAGGGAGAGCGUGAUGCUUGUGGGAGGGCGAGGAGAAUUUUGCGUUCGACCCUUGCGUGCUAUCAUUUCGUGUUGAAAUAG